AGGUUUGUAAGUCCAAAGACUGGUUCCUUAGCCCAAAGAACUAAGCGUACCAAUCAUAAACGAUGAUUCUAUAUCGGAUAGAGAAAUAAUAAGAAAUUGCGAGUUCGGACUCUGUAGUCCUUUCAAAGCAGAUAUCCAGGACCUCAAAUCUCACUCUUAAAUCGUCCAGGUGCAUGCAUAUAACUAAUUUUUACAUAGAUUCUUCGCAUCUUCUAAUCGGUUUGCUGCACAAGUAUGAAUGACGUGACUGUUGAUGACAACUACUUUAUUUUACAUAAAACCACCAGCCAUAGAAACAGCGCAUUCAUAUACAUUCCUUCGCAUCCUAUUUAUUUUGACCGUGCCUCUUGCAUACUCCAUGCAAAAUGCUCAACUACGACCCUGACCUCAAUAUGCCUCGCAUUCUUUGCCUCCACGGCGGAGGCACUAACGCUCGGAUAUUUCGAUCACAAUGUCGCGUACUCUUGAGUCAUCUCAGAGGCAAGUUCAGAUUAGUAUUCGCAGAAGCACCUUUGCAAUGCGAUGCCGGUCCCGACGUUCUCUCCGUGUACAAAGAAUGGGGCCCUUUCAAAUCAUGGAUUCCUUCCGCUCUUGGUUGCCCAGAAGUCGAUAACAAUACUGCCAUUGAGUUAUUCAACGAGGCUCUAGACAGAGCCAUGGACGGAGACGAUGAUCUUGGAGCAACGGGUCCUUGGGUCGGUUUGCUGGGAUUCAGUCAGGGAGCUAAGAUGUGUGCCAGUUUACUAAAGCUCGAUUUUCGGUUCGGAAUUUUGCUCGCGGGCCGCGCACCUCUCGUGGCACUUGAUCUGAAGCUCGCGUCUAUAUAUGCUGCAGAGGAAAAUGAAAAACUGGGAAAGGGCUCUGGCGCAAUGCUUGUUGAUCCCAACGGGCAGCCAGUUUACGGAAAUAACAUCUGGCCCAGGCGCAGUGGUUCUAUAAGUCAGUCUAAUAUUCGGCUCCAUAUACCCACAGUGCACAUUCAUGGAUUGCGAGAUUCAGGCCUUCCGCUGCAUCGAGAAUUAUUACAUGAUUGCUGCCAGGGUAAUACCACACGCCUAAUGGAAUGGGAUGGAGAUCAUCGAGUUCCGAUCAAAACGAAAGACAUUAAAGAGCUGGUACGACACAUACUGGUCAUUGCUUCGGGGACUGGAGUCGCUCAUUGA